AAUUAAUUAAAUAAAUUGCGUAACAAGAACAGAUAUUUUAUAAUUAUAUAUAAAACAAUUCCAAUUUGAAGAUGUCGUUAAGGAAUCGUAUGUGUAGUACAUUUAUUAAAAGACAAGUACACGGAAAUUCCGAGAUAGUAGCAAAUUGUAAGGAAAUUCGGAAUCGUAAUCCAAGAAAUUUAGAACGCUUAAGGAUCGCCAGGAGACCUAUUGGUUAUGCUCUUGAAAAACCUGGAUUUGCUUAUUGGCACAAAUUAACCGUGAAGGAGACACGACAUUAUGUUUCUGCAGAAGUACGUCAUUUUGAAAAUGGUCCUGUUAUUACAGCCUCAACCCAAGAAUGGGGAUUCAAGAAACAAUUAUACAGAUUGAAAGAUACAACAUCGUACAUAAAUUUAGCACGUGUAAUUGCACAACGUUGUUUGGAGUGUGGAAUAAAUGAGGUUUAUAUUGAGAAACAAAACAUAUCUGGGGAGAAGGAGAUAUUAUUUAUGGAAGAAGUUGAAAAAAAUGGAGUCAUUUUAGAGGAACCAAAGAGAUACAUACAUUCAACUGGUUCAGUCCCAUUCCGUGAAGAGAAACCUUGGGAAAGUUUUGAGUAGUUUCUACUUGUUUAGGAAGGAUUAAUAAAAGGCGUGUUAAAUAUAAAAGUAGAUGAAGGUUUUAUUUUAUUUGGAAUGUAGUGGAACUCUCAAUAAACUUACAUUGGACUGCA